AUGACAAGCUCUAUUUCUUCUGGGAGAUCACUGGACACCUCGGCAAAGGAAGUGAAGAAGGUCAACGUCACCGCUGGAAAAAGCUUUUCAAACGUAUUCGAGGCAUUGAUCAUUGGCUUGAAUCUCGAUGAUCGUCGUGGAAAACCAAAGUCCUCGUUUUUUGGAAAGCCACCACCACCGUUCACUUUCACUGUUGAAGAUGCAGUGCAGAAAUUGUGCAACCUCACCAUUGAUAUUGAGCUCAGAAUGGCCAAAACUACCGUUGCAUAUAGCAUGAAGCCCAAUCUUGCUUUUGAUCUUCUUCGAAAGUUCUUCGAUGCAAAACUUCUUCAUUACCCUAACUCGAGGACUGAAGCCAAGCUUAGCCGACAUGGUACCCUUCAAGUCACACCAAAAGGUGCAGCGUUAGUGCACGCUUUUUGUCAGAAUAUCGGUAUGCCUUCUAAGUGCAUGCCAGCAAUUGUGAAGUCCAACAUCAAUACUAUGGAGCUCUUCAUGCUUGAACGAUCCCCCGCUAGUGAAAGCAUCUUAUACUCAAGCUACUUAGUGCACAUUCUAUUCUCAUGGGUAAUGGGACCGAGUCCCAACAUCUGGUCCUCGGAGAAGGCUCCUGAUGCAGCAUCUUGUGUUUUCUACGACACCACUUCUGGAGACACGUUUGACUUUUCUAGCUCUUCCGAAGGAGAUUGCUUUCUGACGCUGGAAGACAAGUCGACGACCCAGUGUGUGAGUCCGUUUCAUCACAAGUACUUCACUAAUCCCGAGUCUGACUCGCACGUUCAAUACUACGUAUCCAAUACCGGCGUGAGGCUCUUCAAACUGAAGACUUUCAUCAAUGAUGACAAGAAAGUUAUGGUGGAUUAUUGUGUCUCAGGUAAGGCGAUAGUCCAAUGGCUCUGUGACUGCUCUAGUGUGACGACAACUGCUGAGGCCAUUAGCAUAGCCAAGCUCUUCAUAGAGGCAAACUUACUACGCCCGAUCACUUUGGAUGAUGAAACCUUUCUGAACGAGAGAAAUGCUUUUUACGUUUUGACUGAACGAGGCAGCGAAGUCUGUAACUGGGGUCGUCGUAAGAAGUCUCGAGGUGAGCUGCUACUGGAUGCUUCUAACAAGAUCAAAAUCGGCGCUUCCUACAAGGGACCCUCCCUUAAAAAUAUCCUCAAAGACCCCGGUUUACGUCUCUUGUUCAAGAUGCACAUGCAGAAGGAAAGAUGUGUCGAAAACGUCAAUGCAUAUGUUCAGCUUUCGGACUUCAACAGCCUGGAGCAACAAGUGUUGAAGCUUUACUCGCAUUAUAACACACUCGAAGAUGGUCCAAGAAAGAUCAAGGUCCGCAAUGCAAUUGAGUUUCACACCAACAAAUUCUACUCCAAAGCAUUUCAACUUUACUCAGCGUACAUCAGUCCAGACCUGCAAUUUGACUUGAAUAUUGACUACAAGCUUCGACAAGAUGCCCAGAACCUCAUGACGUUGGAAGGGCCCAUGCUGCCUUCUGUUGAUUAUAUGAUGACGCCGAUGGUUGAAAAAGGAUUCGUGGGUGAGCUAGACAUCACUGAAUUAGACAGCCCUGCCAGCCUGGAAAAACCAAGUUAUUUCCGAUAUGAAAACGGUGAUUUGACGCAGACGGUGGCCUUGGUUGAAGACAUCCACAGGGUGUUUCGUCAGAUUGCCAAAUCGAUCUUUAGACUCAUGGAGAUCGAUUCGUACCCCAAGUUCAUCAGCAGCAGCGACUACCAACACAUUCUCGCCUGCGAUAGCUGA